AAGAAAUACAUGAAUAUCUUGCAUGUGUGGUUGCCAACGGGAACAUUAUGUUCUGAAACUGUGGUUGCUUGUUCCGUUUUGGAUGUUAUGCGUAGAAGCUAUUUACCGUUAGGGGGGGUUUGUGAAACCAGUUAUAUCAACCUGUACUUAUACUAACCUAUCACCGAAAAGGGAACUGAUAAACCAAAAUGCAUGCCAAAAUUACAAUCCGACUUUAUUGCCUAUUGAAGGUCACUGUGAUGAGCUUUAGAAACAAAGUGAUAAAUGGACGUGGGCUACGCGUUCAUCCGAUCAUCUUCUCUACAAUUUCUUAGCGAGAGCCGCUUCAAUUUUUUAAUGCAAUACAGACAUUAUAUAUUUAUACAUCAAUGUCAAUAUCAGUUUAAAAAACUUUUUUCAAUUUAGAAAUACUAAAUCUGGAACAGCGAGGUCUGGAGCAAACAUCGGCUGUAUGUGCAUCUGUUCCUCCUCGCCUAGGGGGCAGCACAGCGAUAACGUGUUACUCCUUUACUCCGGUAUCCCUUCAAUGCGAUGAGGAGGUUCCCUUCCUGAACAAGUGAACACACAGAAGAGAAGUUGAGCAGACCCAGGGAAAAGAUACGACCUGGAGACUAGAUAAAAGCACAUCGACACCUGAUUAUACGUCAAUCCAUAACCGCUGUGUCUGCGAGGCUACAUGCGCGGCCCCGGCGGAACCGCUUAAAUCGAGUGGCGUGCACGCCAGGUGUCGGGCCAACCAGUGGGGGAAAAUGAAAUUUACUUCAUGCAGGCUGUGGCCAGCGCUGGCGCUCCUCAUCUCUUGGUCGGCGGCGGCGGCGGCGGCGGCGGCGGCGGUGGGCGAGGGGUCUCUGCUGGACGGCUGGCACGACGUGUGGCCCUUCCGCUUCCUGCUCAACAUGCUGGGCUACUCCACCAUCAUCAUCCCCGGCUACCUGCUCAUCAAUUACUUCAGGCGCACCAACUACCAGGACACCGGUCACGGUAUCUGUAGCGCCAUCAUCAAGGCCUGCGUGUUCGGCAGCGAGACCAAGUCGGGCCUGCUGGACGAGGUGUCCAGCGCGCCCAGGGUAGAGGUGGACUCCGGAUCGCCCGUCAGACAGAUGUUCAAGUUGACCUUCUGUGCGGUGGGCCUUCAGGUUUCCUACCUGACGUGGGGCGUCCUGCAGGAGCGCGUGAUGACCCGCUCCUACGGCGAGGCCCCGGCGGAGCAGGCGGUGGGCGAGCCGGACGCGGGCGGCGAGCGCUUCACCGACUCCCAGUUCCUGGUGUUCAUGAACCGCAUCCUGGCGCUCACGGUGUCGGGCCUCUGGUGCCUCACCAUCAAGCAGCCGCGGCACGGCGCGCCGCUCUACAAGUACUCGUUCGCCUCGCUCUCCAACAUCCUGAGCAGCUGGUGCCAGUACGAGGCGCUCAAGUACAUCAGCUUCCCCACGCAGGUGCUGGCCAAGGCGUCCAAGGUCAUCCCCGUCAUGCUCAUGGGCAAGAUGGUGUCGCACAAGAGCUACGAGUACUGGGAGUACCUGACGGCGGCGCUCAUCUCGGUGGGCGUGGGCCUGUUCCUGCUGUCGAGCUCGGCGGCCCACCAGCCGUCCACGGUCACCACCUUCAGCGGCGCCGUCAUCCUGGCGGGCUACAUCGUGUUCGACAGCUUCACGUCCAACUGGCAGGACCACCUGUUCAAGUACAAGAUGUCGUCGGUGCAGAUGAUGUUCGGCGUGAACCUCUUCUCGUGCCUGUUCGCCGUGGGCUCGCUGCUGGAGCAGGGCGCGCUGGUGGAGGCGCUGGCCUUCAUGCACCGCCACCCGGACUUUGCGUGCCACGCGGCGCUGCUGUCGGUGUGCUCGGCGUGCGGCCAGCUCUUCAUCUUCUACACCAUCAACCAGUUUGGCGCGGCCGUGUUCACCAUCAUCAUGACCCUGCGGCAGGCCAUCGCCAUCCUGCUGUCGUGCCUGCUCUACGGGCACGCCGUCACCGCCAUGGGCGUGCUGGGCAUCGGCGUGGUGUUCCUGGCGCUCUUCCUGCGGCUGUACGCGCGCAGCCGCGCUAAGGCCGGCCGGCGCUCGACCUUGCCACCGCCGCAGAAGGUCUGAGGCUGGCUGUGGGGGGCAGGGGGAGGGGGAAGGGAUUUCUUUGUUUUCGGUUUUCUUUUUACCGAAAUGAGAGCAGAGGCCAUUUUUUCUCCGGUGGCCCCUUUUGAUUGUACGCACGAUGGUUUAAAACUUGUAACCUGUAUUUUUACUUUUUUGUUUUUAAUCCGGUUUUAUUUUAUUCUAUUCCAGGGGUGCAUUAUUUCUUUAUUUUGAGUAAAGACACUGAAAGGGAUCCUGCAAUUUCGGGUUCUUUGUCAUUUUUCCAAGAUGGCUCAAAGGGAUUAAUAAGACUUUACUUGCCGGUCGUCACUCAUCUUCAGUGACUGUGAAGUUGGUCGUCAUAAUGUGAGUGUGUUUAUGAAAGCGUAAUUAUCACACCCAUCCCCUAAAGACUUGAUGAAGGCACCAACAAAACCAUCAACAAUCAAUGUCAAAGCUCUUCCUCGGUGGUGGUUUGGUACUGGGCUUGGUUUUGCCCGAGAUGCUGACGUUGCUAUGUUGCGGUAACCUGGCAACCCCAUGCACAUCCAACUUUUUGUGUUCCAUCAUGUUUACCGCGACACAAGAUCAGACCAGGAAGGAUUGUAAGGAGAACGGGCACUUCUCCACAUUGAAGGUACGGCCGGGAACAACUUCUACUAACUGUCUGGUCAAAUUUGUUUUUUAAUGUUUCUGUGAGAAAGGAGGCCUGUUUCAAGAAAGUAGAAAACAAAAGGAGAAUAAGUUACACAACACUUGAAUAAAUGUCAACUAUGGGUCACCUGACGCAUACAAAUAUUUGUCGAUAAAUAAUCCCACCCUCCUCCUAUACACAUAAAGGUGUCAUUUCACGGUGAGGCUCAACCUCAAGGCCAAAAAAAAAAAGAAUAAUGUUAGUUAUAACAUGUUUCAAAGAGAAAGAUCAUUCCAGUGCUAGGAAUAAUUCAAUGUUGGAAUUGUCUGCACCUGCACUUGUACUGGUGGAUUGGCAAAGAAAACAACUGAAAGUCUAGCGAAUCACCUCAAUAAGAGCCUUCUAUGGAGAUUAGAGAAGCAGUCUCUUUUUUAUGUCUUGUCUGCCUGACUCUUCCUUCUCAAAUAUCACUUAUUCUAUGAUUUAACGGGCCUUCUUACAAACACUUGGGUAUGUGGAUGGAUUUAAAAACAAAAGCCUUUGUUAAUUGAAAACUGUGUGUGUGUGUGUGUGUGUGUGUGUGUGUGUGUGUGUGUGUGUGUGUGUGUGUGUGUGUGUGUGUGUGUGUGUGUGUGUGAUAUGAAUGUAGGUGUGAGUACAAAAAACGGUGGAUACUUUGCUCCUUUUUGUGUUUAUAUUAUUUGUGUAUUUACCCAAGUAACUGGAUUAAUAAUAAAUACAAUAAGUUAACUAUAAAAUGUGUAUAGCAGUGGUGGUUUUUAUAUUUAAUGCGUACCAAAUGUGAUGUGUCUUAUCCGACCCCCUGGUUUCCACUUGGGGCGCCUUCUGAAAGGUUGUGACCUUUUUCAGUUAUCUAUUUUAGCCUCUGCUUACAACUCGACCGGAAAGCGUUUGUUGUCGUCACUAUUCAUCACAAACCCUGUAGCGUCUCCGGCUGCGCGGAACCAAGAGGAGUUCGUAGGAAGUGUAGCCUUGACUCAUAACGGGAGAUGGCUUACAAUCAUACCCUGAUCAUAUCAGUCAGAAACACUACUCGCACAUUGGACCCCCCACACAUGCUCACACAUAAACCAUGGUUUACACAUCACCCACCUCACUUAGACGACGGGUCGGGGGCGGAGGACGAAUGGGCAUCCCCUCUGAGCUCAUCUCGCAUCACCCUACACACUAGUGAUACUAACUAGUCUCCUAGAGGCGCCACGACCACCCCCAUGCCCAACGCUCUAUUGCCAGUACGAAAACAUACUGUAAAAUAAUAGUUAACAUGAGGUAGCUGAGUUGAUGUCAACUGACGAAUCCGAGACUUACCGAACACAUGGGUUAAUGAUCUGACUAUCUCAAUGUUUAAUGACGCAUCAAAAGGUUAAUCAUUAUUUCAAAGACUUCGACCCAGUCUCGAAUUACAAAAAGAUCUGUGUUACAAGGUCAUUGAGUGUAUGUUGUGUGCUGGAGUUGUAAUAAGGGUUGUAAAAGGGGCAGAUAUUUUUC